AAUAAUCUUCAAAAUCAAGCAAUUAGUUGAAAACAAAUCAAUCUCUAAUUAAGUAUAAGUUAUUAGUAUUUCAAGCUACUAUCAUUGUAAAAAAAGAACACAUUGCCACAAUUGUCUUUUUAUCAUCAAUAAGACGCUCGGUACGUCACCAAUCCUACAAGGCGAAAGCCGUAGAAAUAAAAUCACUUCCUCUUACAGCUAAUAUUUAUAUGAUUAAUAUCAAAAAAAAUUACAUGAAAUGUCAAAUUACAGUGGUAUAACCGUAAAUAUAGAUUAAGAUUCUUUCUAACCAAUAAACCUUUUCUUUAAUUAUAUAAAUGCGAAAAUCCUUGCACAUAGUUUCCCUCCAACUUUCUCCGUGUAUAUAAAUGCUAUUCAGCCAUGCUUUCUCGAGAAACUUGAUCUCUCUGGCAAAAAAGUUUCUCUCAAUUUUCUCGGUAGUUCUUCAGCUUCUGGUUAAAAAAAAUUCUCCGAUUUUCUUUUUUGAUAUCUUUAUUUUGUUCGUAUGAAUCUGAUAAUCCUUCUCGAAAGCUACAUCUGAUUUCUUUCUUUCUAAUUCUCUUCCGGCGAUUGUGAAACACAUCCGCGAACAAUGGAAAACGAAAUCUUCUUUGCCCUUCGUAUGCUUUCCAUCGGAGGGAAUAACGAGAAUCAGAGCCCCGCGGCGGAUGAGAAUCGAGCUGAUGACGUCAGCAAUCAGGAUCUGAACCGCUCUUCGCUGCCGAAGAGUAUCUCAGUGAGAUCCAGCGGUUACUCUAAGGCGAGCCAAGGAGGUGGUGUCGUCUCUCAGUCUCGUGGAGCCAUACCUAAGCCUGGGGCUUGUGCUCAACAACUCACUACCACGCAAAAGGUAUAUGUGCGAGGAGGGAAGAAAGAAGAAGAAGAAGAAGAAGAAGAAGAAGAGGAGGAGGAGGAGAUAGAAGUGGAGGUGUACAAUCAAGGGAUGACAAAGACUGAGCUCUGCAACAAGUGGCAAGAGACGGGGACAUGCCCAUAUGCUGACCACUGCCAGUUCGCUCACGGGAUUAAAGAACUCCGCCCGGUGAUCCGCCAUCCUCGUUACAAGACUGAGGUUUGCAGAAUGGUUCUUGCUGGUGAUGUCUGUUCUUAUGGCCACCGUUGCCACUUCCGCCACUCACUAUCUGACCAAGAGAAGCUUACGGCUGCUGGUGAUGUCUGUCCUUAGUCAGAUGAUUGUUUUGGUAAUACAUACUAGAAGAUUUAAGUCUGUUUGGCUGUGUGUAAUAUUGAAAUAGCUUCGCUGAUGUUCGCAAAACAGAGGUUGUUUGGUUAAGAAAUUUCGUAAGAGGGAUUAAAUGUCUAGUUCGUGUCUAUCUUAGAUUGAUUUAAGAGCCAUUCUCUCAAAUAUCUUUUAUUAAUUUUUGUCACCAAAAAAGUCUCAAAAUAAAAUGACUAAAAAUUAUUUUAUUAAAGAUACAAAAGAUUUUUAUA